GGAUACCUGGCUGAACGUAACUGAUCACCUGUCUUAUUCUUGACACGCGUGGCUCAAUUCCUCUUCACAAAUUAACAGUAAACUGACAACCAUCGCUCCACCCGUUUUUUUAUGACGAACAACAAGACUAGGCCAGGCGCACACAAAUAUUUGGGAGAUAAAAGUAUGCACACUCACGCGGGAACACCUCGGCCGGCAAGCGUGGCUACGAUGGUCGUUGUUUUGCAAGCCGGGUUAUCCAUAUUGAGGUCCUUUAGAAUCUGACCUCGCGACUAUAUGGGGAUAUUAAGUCGAGGUUGCAGAUUUCGAUGUCCUAAUUGCUACUUUGCAGCCGCUUUCCUUCCUCAGAGAGCGGAUAUUGUGGUAACUUUCUCGCAAUUGACUCUAGAAGAGCAGUGCCGCGGUGCUGUGGACAAAGGCCUUUGCAUUUGGGGCCACCCUCUCCACGGCCUAAGCCCCGAUAACAAUGGCCAAGGUUGAAGCUGUCAGCCCCGAGACACUGAUUUCGCCGUCGUCAUGCAUUCGUGACCCUUCCCGGAAUGUAGAUGGACACAAACAUGCCAAUGGCGAGGUGUGCGAGUACACGAAGAACAAGAAAGGAACAAUAUCCGUCGCUCCCGGAGGAGCAAAAUAUGUCCUAUUCAAUGACCUCCCAUCGGAUGAAGCAGAGACGUGGACAGCAACCCUCACCCACCGCAGCGCCGGCGUCUUCUUGAGCAAGCAGACCUACGCGGCCUGGCGCGAUAUCCCGUCCACGUACGUCGUGGGAGAGCGGGACAAGUCCUUCUUCUCAAUGGAGAUUGUUGACAUAAUCCUCGAUACGGCAAGGGCCCUGGAACCGACGUCAUUUGAUGUCGUGAGAGGUGCGGUGGCGGACACUGUCUCAUGAUCAGCCACGCGGAGUGGCUGGCGGAUGUGCUGAGGCGCGCUGCCGGGGAGAAGGUGUAGG